UCUGCAGAGGACCAAGGCUCUUCCAGAAGCAGUGUGCUGUGAAUGUUUGUUAAAGGAACGGUCUGUUUGCGUCCAGCCCCAGUUAUAAAUUUACAGGAACUUAACUUGGUGACAUGUAAGCAGCAGCAGCUACAAGAUGGCUAAGGAAUCACUGGCUAGACACCUCUAUCAUGUGCAACAGAGCUGAAUUUUAUGACGAGGUAUAGUGAGUGUCAUGUGAAGAAAUGGAGGGUUUCUGAAUCCUGCUGAUCACCCCAGGAAGCGAAGAUGAAUACUUCGGUGGAAGACGAGGGUGGCUGCAUGCUCUGAAUUUUCUGGCAUGGAUCUUUAUGAGGAUUACAAAUCACCUUUCGAUUUCAACACUGGAGUGAAUAGAAAUUACCUUUAUUUGUCGCCUAGCAUAAACCUUUCUCCACCUGGAUCACCUACACUGGCAAAGUCUGGGCUGCUGAGAAGUGACUCUAUACCUGAGGUUGGAGAGGAUGCUGCUGCUACAGCUGAUAUGGCAGAAACACUCUCAGAAGAAGAACAGGAUGAGCUAAGAAAAGAACUUGCCAAGGUGGAAGAGGAGAUCCAAACACUCUCACAGGUGCUAGCUGCCAAAGAGAAGCAUCUAGCAGAAAUCAAGAGAAAGCUGGGAAUUAACUCCUUACAGGAACUAAGACAGAACAUUACCAAAAGCUGGCAAGAUGUUACAUCAACCACAGCAUACAAGAGAACAUCAGAAACCCUGUCUCAGGCUGGUCAGAAGGCUUCUGCUGCUUUUUCUUCAGUUGGUUCAGUCAUAACCAAGAAAUUUGAAGAUGUCAGAAAUUCUCCUACUUUCAAAUCCUUUGAAGAAAAAGUUGAAAAUUUAAAGUCUAAAGUUGGAGGAAACAAACCUGCUGGAGGAGAUUUUGGAGAAGUUCUCAACUCUGCUGCCAAUGCCAGUGCCACAGAAACGAUUGCAGAACAGACGCCGGAGGAGACCCAAUGAGAUUCCUGCCUCUGUCCUGCUACCCACUGCCAGAUGCUGCAAGCAAAAACAAAGUACACUUGUAACAUUCUUUGCGCUCUAUCCACCAGAUGUGCUUUUAUUUGGCACGUAGUUAUUUUACCAGAUUAACUGAUACCAAGCUCGUGGGUUCAGAAUAUUUUUGAAACUAAAAUAUAUUGUUUGGGGUUUUGUGUGGGAAGGGGAAUUUUUAUGCCUUUCAAACAUUUAAAGGACUUAUCUGUAAUGUGAAGGCAACCUUUAAAAUAUAACAAUGAAAAAAACCCACUUUUGUGAAGUUAAUUAUACUGUACAGAUACUGUGGAUACAUAAUUUCUUUUCAAUCUGUACCUACUGCUCAAUUUAAUCAUU